AUGGCAAGUGAUUUAGUUGUCUUGAAUAGAAGAAAGGGGAGUAUUAGAGGACAGUUGACAAAACUGCGAACAUUCAUUGAAAAAGGAGAACAUUUAACUGAAUCGACAGUGAUUACCCAACUGGAUAUUCUUUCGAGAACAAGUACAAGAUUUGAAGAACUGAGAAACGAAUAUUAUAGGACUGUGUCGGACAAUGACUUUGAUCAAGUGGAAUCCAAUCUAUCCGAACUCGAGGAUGAAAUUUUGAAAAUAGAGGUGUCCACAGUAAGCGAUGACUCAUCCUCAAUGAAUUCAAGGCAGACUCCCUCAGAUGCUGACCCCUGUUCGUCGUGCAACCCUUCCCCCCUGACUUCCUGUUUCGUUACGCAGAAGAAAAGAGUGAUUCUAGCUACGGCUGUUGCUUAUGUUUUGGAUAGUUUCGGAACUGUCAGAAAGGGUAGGGCUUUAUUAGAUUCUGGAAGCAUGUGUAAUUUGAUGACAUCUGAUUUCGCCAAUGCACUUGGUUUAAAGAAAGAAAAAAUAAAUGUUCCAAUAUCAGGGAUUUCCGAUACUACUCUUAAUGUGAAAAGAAAAAGUACCUCCACUAUUUUGAACUCGGAUGGUUCUUUUACUGCAACACUAGAUUUCUUGGUCAUUCCGAAAAUCACAGAUCUAAUGCCAUCCACAUUUAUUGAUUUAGAAGGAAUAAAAAUUCCGCCUUACGUCCAGUUAGCAGAUCCGGAAUUCUUUUCCCCCCAAAAAGUGGAUAUAUUAAUAGGGGCAGAGAUAUUCUUUCGUAUCUUAAAAGAAAAUAGAUUUGAUAUAAAUAAUUCCUUAAUUUUGCAAGAAACUGUAUUUGGACAUAUACUAAGUGGAACAAUUCAAGGUAAACAGGAAUCACAUCAUUGUGGUUUAAUCUCUCAAAUAGAUAACUUAGAUAAUUUGUUAAAGAAAUUUUGGGAAGUUGAAAAUUUUUUAGAUACACCUACAUCUAAAAACAAAGAAGAAUUAGAAUGCGAAGAAAAUUUCAUGCAAACUUAUCGUAGGGAUGAGCAAGGUAAAUAUAUUGUUAACCUUCCUCUUAAGAAGAAUAUGCAAUUAGGCAAUUCCAUUCAAACUGCAAAACAAAGAUUAGAUAGUCUCUGGAAGCGAUUAAAUAAUGAUCCGAAUUUUUCUAAUCUUUAUUGUAAUUUUAUGAAAGAAUAUGAGCAAUUGGGUCAUAUGCAAAAAUUAGAUAGUAUUGAGAAUGUAAAAUAUGUCAUGCCUCAUCACGGCGUUUACAAGGCUGAUAGUAGUACAACAAAGUUACGCGUAGUUUUCGAUGCCUCAGCUGCAUCUACUUCAGGUGUAUCUUUGAAUAACUGUUUGCUAAAAGGAGGUGUUGUUCAAGAUGACUUGUUUUCAAUCUUAUUGAGAUUCCGAAAGCACAAGGUUGCAUUUACUGCUGAUGUCAAGAAAAUGUACAGACAGAUUUGGGUUAAUCCUGAGCAGUGUAAUUUUCAAUGCAUUCUUUGGAAAACUAGGAGUUCUGAGGAACCUUCAUUUUAUAAGCUUCUUACAGUUACAUACGGCACCAAAUCUGCUCCCUACUUAGCUACGAGAGUGCUAAACCAAUUAGCAAUAGAUGAGCAACACAAAUUUCCUUUAGCAUCUGCUGUAACCUUAAAAGAUUUUUAUGUUGAUGAUGUUCUCUCUGGUGCAGAUGACGUUUCUACUGCAAUAAAAUUACAGCAAGAAUUGAUUUCUCUUCUAAAAGCUGGUGGCAUGGAUUUGCACAAAUGGUGUGCAAACAAUGAAAUGCUUUUAGAAUCUGUUCCAUCUGAAGAUCAAGGUUAUCAGUUUGGUGAUUCUGAUAAAAAUACAAUUAAAACACUUGGCUUAAAAUGGAACCCAAAAGAAGACUGCUUUGGUUUCAAUAUCACUCCAUCAACUAGCAUUCCCACAAAGCGAACUGUUUUGACUGAUAUAGCUAAACUUUUUGACCCACUUGGUCUUCUAGGACCAGUGACAGUAAAGGCAAAGAUCUUCCUCCAGAGAUUGUGGCUACGCAAAAUUGAAUGGGAUCAAGUGUUGCCACAUCAGGAAAAGCACGAAUGGGAAAUAUUCAGAUAUUGUUUAGGGGAUAUUACAAAGAUGCAGAUUCCUCGUUGCAUUCUAACUGACUCCAUCAAGGAAGUUGAACUACAUGGUUUUGCUGACGCAUCGAAAGAUGCUUAUGGUGCAGUCAUCUAUCUUCGUUGUGUUACUAUAUUGAAUCAUGUGAAGGUUUCUCUACUAUGCAGCAAAUCUAAAGUUGCUCCUAUUAAGGUGAUGACAAUACCCCGUCUUGAGCUAUGUGCUGCUGAGCUUCUUGCUAAGCUCGCUUCUAAAACUGUGUCAUCUCUUAACCUGAAAAUAGAUAAAAUUUGCCUCUACUCAGAUUCGACUAUAGUGCUGGCCUGGAUUAAUACUUCAUUGCAUCUGCUUAAGGUGUUUGUGUCAAAUAGAAUUUCCCGCAUCCAAGAGCUGACGAAAGAAUUUUCCUGGCACCAUGUAAAAACUUGUGAAAAUCCUGCUGAUAUUAUUUCCCGUUGUAUGACUCCUCAUCACCUUAUGAACAAUCAUUUGUGGUGGAAUGGUCCACAGUUUCUUCAACAAGUUACUGUUGAACUUAGUGAUGAAAGUAACAUUCCUACUGAUGACGAAUAUUUUCAUGAACUGAAAGGAGAGACUACUAAGACUUUAACUUUAAGUGUGGAUGCUACAUUUUUAGAUUUACUUUUAUAUAUUGUUUCUGAUCUAACUUCUGUAGCAUUCAUUGCAUGCCUCAAAAGGUUCUUUUCAAGACGAGGUAAAUCGCAAUUUAUUUUUAGUGAUAAUGGUAAGAAUUUUGUAAGUGGUAAUUCUGAAUUAAAGAGAUUAGCUCUUAUGUGCUAG